AUGGCUGAACCAGAUGAUAUUGAGGAGGAUCUCUUUGCGGAUCUGUACGAUGCUGAUGACAAUAUCAACAAACAAACUCCUGCAGUUGAAGCGCCAAAAGCUCCCGAUUCCACUGUAUCGGCCACGUCUGCUCAGCCUCUUGUCACACAGAGUAUCGAAAACACUCACUUGGAAACAGAGGACUCGCAAAAUGCCUACCAGCCACCACAGUAUGAAGAAGGUUAUCAGAAUGGGGCUGGAGGUGUAGACACCGGAUUUGGUAACAAUGCGGCGCCUUCAGCUGCAGAAACCGAGCGUCAAGGAACUGGUAUUAAGGAAGAUGGGUAA